AUGGCUUUUAUUUUUGAGCAAAACAAAUGUUGUCAUUCUGUCUCCAUACAAGAUGAGCCUAGAAGAGAACCAAAGGCAUCCAAAGAUUUUGCUGAUAUAGUUGACGAUGCAGAAAUUUGGGCUGUUGAUCCUGGUAUAUCAACUAUCUUUACUGCAGUAGACUCUACAGAACACGAACGUAUCCGAACAACAAGCUUGGAAGAAUACUAUCAUUUGUACGAAUUUAAGUAUAUUAGUAAAUUAUCCACUUUAAAAACUGCAAACUUAACCUCAUUUUUACUAGCUGCCUCUACAUGUCUACAAAACUACCAAAGAAUCUAUAGCUACUACUAUCAAAAUAAAUGGUUUCAAAAGCUAAAGUUCAAGACGUGUAUCAACAAGCAAAAAGGAACUCAAGAAAUUGUUAAAAAACUCUUUGACAACAGCAAAAAGUAUAACAAAUCAAGUACAGUUGGCCCUAAAAACCAAAAACCAAACAAAAGCAAACAUGUACCUCUACCUCCUGCUGACCUCCCUUCCUCUUCUCAACGAAAGCGAAUCAUUGCGUUCGGAAAUGGUUCUUUUUGUUCAAGUAUGAAAGGAAAACGAGCUGCGCUUACUAAACGUAUUGCUGAAAAAAUCAAGCGAAAAUGCAAACAAUCUAAUGAGGGAACCGAAUUUGUUUCGAUUGACGAGUAUUUAACGAGUCAGAUCUGUAACAAAUGCAAAUCCAAACAAUUAAAUAAUGUCUCAAUUACCAGAUCAGAGCGAAGAGUACACUCUAUCCUCAAGUGUGAUUCUUGUGGUACGGUUUGA